AUGUUGCAGGAGGAGCUUAAUCAACAUUUGCAAAAGACGUUGGCGAGAUACCCGCAUGUGGAUAGGUCAGAGUGCGAGGCAUUCUUGGAGGAGCAGCAAGAGUAUUACUUGCGCAAGGCGAAAGAGAUGCGCGCACUCUGCACGACAUUCACGCAGAACCAGCGCACGUUUGUCGGCGCCAUCGACUUCAACCCCGAUGUGGACGUGGCCGCGGCCGCCCUACUGACACAGGAGAUGACGCAGGCCACUUCGAUCAUCCGCACCUUCCUCCACUCGAUUCACCAGCUGGUGCUGCACACCGAGUUCGUCAUUGGCUACAACCUGAUGAACAAAAUGGCUGACCUUGAGAACCAGGAGCGCCAUCUCCACAUCCUGCUCAAGGAGAUCGAGGCCAUUGAGUCGCGAACGAUAUGCGCGACUCCCGCCAUACUGGUGUAUGCGCGCCAGCCAUUCCCCGGCAUCCUUAAGCGAUACAAGCAGAUCCCAGCCGACGAGAUGGUCAUUGAGAUGCUCACAACAUCCAGCUUCCCCUACACCUAUGGCAAGCUGCGAAUUCAUCACUUGACCGAUCAGGCCACUCAAUAUCAUCACGAUCACAAGUUGCAACCCAAGGAUCAUGUUGCGACAGAGACUGGCUCAUCCGCGACCAUCACAUCAACUUCGACCUCGACAUCGACCUCAACAUCAUCACAACAACAACAACAACAACAUCAACAACAAAAGAUGACACAUCAAUCGAAUCAGAAGAACAACUUGUUUGAACAACAAUCAUUCGAUAUACAGUUGGAGGGCGGACGAUUCUUGGCCAAGGUGCCCAUCAAGCUUAUGCAUGGCACAACACAGUUCUCAUCACUGUUCUUCUCGCUCAAUCUGAUACACAGGAACACAAGACAGGAAGUUCACAUCCAGUCAGCACCCUCUGAUAAGUUCAUCUCCUUUGUCAACGAUUCACAAUGGGUCCAGUACUUUAGUCUAUUACUCAAAGAAGAGAUAUACGUUCUGGAAAAGGAUAAAUACCUGUUUGAGAGCGCAUCACAUGCUCGCAUAUUGGAUAUCCUCGAGAAGUACUUCCAUCUAUGUUUAAAGAUUUACAAACGAACGACAUCCAGUCAUCGUCCACUACCAAAGGAUGCCAUGAAGGCACUGUUAAACAGAAUAUCAGAGAACAGACUGACACUUGAACAAUAUGAUAAGUUUAUGUCAUUACUCUCUCCAUCUCUCAAAGUGAUCAAGUACCAACGACACGCUAUACAACUCUGGAAUCAAGGUCUGAUAUUCUACUUUAUAGACAAGGAGGAAGAGUUGAACUAUUUAAUGAACAAGGAGGAUAGGUUUAUGCUUCAGUUCAGCAUGGAUCUGCCUUAUUGUUGGAUACUCAAGUAUUGGAAGGAAGGCGAGAUAUGUGAGAGGGUGGUCGAUAUGAAGGUGCACCUGGCGGGUGACCGUGCCAACAAGUCGGUGGUCAGCUACAUCGAUGCCAACAUGGGCGCAUUCAACGAGAUGUGUCAAUACGACUUCAAGCAGAACACGAUCUGCUUUGUCAACAAGGACGAGACGCUGAAUCAGGUCAAGAGUUCACAGUCGUAG